AUGGAGGCAGAAAUGGGGAGCAGCACGGAGCCUGGAAAAACAGCCAACAGAGCAACUCGAAUCGCCCUGGUUGCGUUCAUUGGUGGCACCCUGGUGCUGGGCACGAUCCUCUUUCUAGUGAGUCAAGGUUUCUUAAGUCUCCAAGCUACACCGGAGUACUGCCUGAAGCCAGAAUGCAUCGAAGCUGCUGCUGCCAUCUUGAGCAAGGUAAAUCUCUCUGUGGACCCUUGUGAUAAUUUCUUCCGGUUUGCUUGUGAUGGCUGGAUAAAGAAUAAUCCAAUUCCUGAAGAUAUGCCAAGCUAUGGAGUUUACCCUUGGCUGAGACAUAACGUUGACCUCAAGUUGAAGGCACUUUUGGAGAAAUCUAUCAGUAGAAGGCGGGACACCGAAGCCAUACAGAAAGCCAAAAUCCUUUAUUCAUCUUGCAUGAAUGAGAAAGCAAUCGAAAGAGCAGAUGCCAAACCGUUGCUCCACAUCCUGCGGCAUUCACCUUUCCGCUGGCCUGUGCUUGAGUCUAAUAUUGGUCCUGAGGGGGUGUGGUCAGAGAGAAAGUUCAGUCUUUUGCAUACCCUUGCAACAUUUCGUGGACAGUACAGCAAUUCUGUGUUCAUCCGACUGUAUGUGUCCCCUGAUGACAAGGCAUCCAGUGAACAUAUCUUGAAGCUGGACCAAGCAACUCUCUCCCUUGCUGUGAGGGAAGACUACCUGGAUAACAGCACAGAAGCCAAGUCUUAUCGGGAUGCCCUUUACAAGUUCAUGGUGGAUACUGCUGUGCUUUUGGGAGCUAAUAGCUCCCGAGCGGAGCAUGAUAUGAAGUCAGUGCUUAGAUUGGAAAUUAAGAUAGCCGAGAUAAUGAUUCCACAUGAAAACCGAACCGGUGAGGCCAUGUAUAACAAAAUGAACAUUUCACAGCUGAGUGCUAUGAUUCCUCAGUUUGACUGGCUGGGCUACAUCAAGAAGGUCAUUGAUUCCAGACUCUACCCUGGUCUGAAAGACAUUGACCCCUCGGAGAACGUGGUUGUCCGUGUCCCGCAGUACUUUAAGGAUUUGUUUAGGAUAUUAGGCUCUGAGAGGAAGAAGACCAUUGCCAACUAUUUGGUGUGGAGGAUGGUUUACUCCAGAAUUCCAAACCUUAGCAGGCGCUUUCAGUAUAGGUGGCUUGAAUUCUCGCGGGUAAUUCAAGGGACCACGACUUUGUUGCCUCAGUGGGACAAAUGCGUAAACUUUAUUGAAAGUGCCCUCCCUUAUGUUGUUGGAAAAAUGUUUGUGGAUGUGCACUUCAAGGAAGAUAAGAAGGAAAUGAUGGAGGAAUUGAUUGAGGGUGUUCGGUGGGCCUUUAUUGACAUGCUGGAGAAAGAAAAUGAGUGGAUGGAUGCAGGGACAAAAAGGAAAGCCAAAGAAAAGGCAAGAGCUGUUUUGGCAAAAGUUGGCUAUCCUGAGUUUAUAAUGAAUGAUACUUAUGUUAAUGAAGAUCUCAAAGCAAUCAAGUUUUCAGAAUCCGACUACUUUGGCAAUGUCCUGCAAACCCGCAAGUAUUUAGCACAAUCUGAUUUCUUCUGGCUGAGAAAAGCGGUUCCAAAAACAGAGUGGUUUACGAAUCCAACGACCGUCAAUGCCUUCUACAGUGCGUCCACCAACCAGAUUCGAUUUCCAGCAGGAGAGCUCCAGAAGCCUUUUUUUUGGGGAACAGAAUAUCCUCGAUCUCUGAGUUAUGGAGCUAUAGGAGUAAUUGUUGGACAUGAAUUUACACAUGGAUUUGAUAAUAAUGGUAGAAAAUAUGAUAAAAAUGGAAACCUGGAUCCUUGGUGGUCUACUGACUCAGAAGAAAAGUUUAAAGAAAAAACAAAGUGCAUGGUUAACCAAUAUAGCAACUAUUACUGGAGGAAAGCUGGCUUAAACGUGAAGGGGAAGAGGACCCUGGGAGAAAAUAUUGCUGAUAAUGGAGGUCUGCGGGAAGCUUUUAGGGCUUACCGGAAGUGGAUAAAUGACAAGAGGCAGGGGGUUGAGGAGCCUCUCCUUCCAGGCGUCAGAUUCACCAACAACCAGCUCUUCUUCCUGAGUUACGCUCAUGUGAGGUGCAAUUCGUACAGACCAGAAGCUGCCCGAGAACAAGUCCAAAUUGGUGCUCACAGUCCCCCUCAGUUUAGGGUCAAUGGUGCAAUUAGCAACUUUGAAGAGUUCCAGAAAGCCUUUAACUGUCCAUCCAAUUCCACGAUGAACAGAGGCCUGGACUCCUGCCGACUCUGGUAGCUGGCCUGCUGGCGUUGCCGUCCCGGGAGCUGCGUGACGGCAGGAGAGGCACACAGAGCGGUUGGCGCCGCCGCUUUCGGCCUCGGUUCCUCCGAGGACCCCUAUUUUUAUUGCACCUUCAUUAUUUGGCUGUUACUUGGAUGUGAAAAGUAUCUAUUCGAAUUGUAGGGCCUAACCAAAGGGAAUAUAAGAAGUGAACCAAGUGUGAUUCUUUAGAAAACCAAACCAACAAAAGUAAUUCCCUAGGCUACUUUUGUUAAAAUAUAGUCUGCUGAAUCGUUGCUGUUGUCCAUUUUAGUGUAAACAGUUAAAUGCUACGUACAUUUUAAUCCAUAGCUUUGCAGAGGGCUUAAGUAGAAUGUAUCCAGAGAAAAAAUUCAGUCUAUGAAAUUUGUAACCCUCCAUAAAGAGGACCUGUUCCUGGAUACCUGGUAGGUCUUACUUGCUCUGUAGAAUGCAGUACUAGAUUCUGUGUAUCGUUAUUCACAGCAUUUAUUAACUCUCUGGUAGUUAGGUUAGAAAUAUAUUGGAGCUUCAUUUUACAAUUUUUGAUGCAGUUUUUGCCUUCAGCUUUGAAGUCUGUUGGGAUGCAGAUGCCUCUCACAGCUUCUGUCUGACGUAGCUGAUGGCUCUGUUCCAGUCAGAGCUGGCUGAAAGGCUCCUUGAGAAGGAAUUUCAGUUUCUCAAAUGGAAAAAAGGAAAAAGGAUGUGUCUUAAAGGCCCAGAAGAAGCCAAAACUUCUAGCCACUAGGGAACGAAAUCUCCAAAAUUGGAUCUAGUCUGCUCAAACCUCAGUGAUAAUGCCUGUCUGCUGGGCACUUCUUCAGUCCAAUUCUUAUUUGUCUUGGUGCCCUCAUAGAUGUUCAUUCUUCUAUUUCUGAAAUGAGCAGACACUGAGAAAAUGCUUUUCUAAUUCUCCAUUAAGAAUGCAUGGCUUCCAUUCCCCCUUUAGUGCAGGGGAGCAGAUACCACUUCUGUUUUGGCUCAGUUAACAUUACCUCUCUGAAAAAAGUGUUUUGAAAAAUUUCUUGAUUGAAGACAUUUUAAACUCUAUUGAUUGAAUUAAAAAUUCCUUGCAUAGUCCAAAGGAACAUCAUUUUUUACUGUCCAAGUCUUCUGAUGAGUCUGUACGGAAGAGCAGUCCUGGGUUUUUGAGUCUCAGAACUUUAUCCUUUCAGGUGAACUCCUCCAUGUCUUAGUAGUGUGUGUAGGGGAAGAUCCUAAUGGCCCUUCAGUGGUUACUUGGCAUUUCCAGUUUCUUAAAAUAGCCAUUCUCCCUUUACAUUAUUCAUUGUGUAUGUGGUUUGGGGUUAAGUGGCCCAAUAAGAAAAUCUCAGAAGCAAAACGACAAAUUCAGACUAACCAUAGGAGGCCAUUUUGCAUCCCUGUGAUUUGUUGUCCUUUUUUUUUUUUUUUUUAAAUGUAAGUGUAUGCCAUGUCCCUUUGUAACCAUGGGAACUUCUGAAGGGAGAAAAAUGCAGGGGCACCGCCGCGAGGAAAUCAAUUACACUGCGUUAGUCAAAAGAGUGAUUUUCCCCUUGAUUUGCUCCUCUCUAAAUGAAUAAACUUUGGAAGGGCUGCUACCUUUUCCUCCUCUUAACCAAGGCUUAUUUUAAAAACCGAGUGCUAUUAAGUUAGGGGUGCUAGAAGUAUACAUGCCUUUCCUCUGGAGGACCCAUUCUGAUUUUGCUUUAAACAUACAGAAUACUCCUUGUUUUAUCCCGCUGCUUGGACAUUUAGAAUCCGCCAAGGUUUGUGAUGCUUAUAUGAAUAGCAUUUUCCUUCUAGAUUUCUCUUUUAAAUUCCCAAUAAACACAUUCCUGUAGGUCAGAGAAAGUGAGUAGAAUUAUGACUUUGGAAGUGGGAAUCAUGCAGUCACUUGUCAGUUGAGGAAAACUGGUUAGUAAUCAGUUGGGCCCUACAGUUUGUAAAUGAUGUGGCUGCUUUGUCCUGACUAAAUUUACUUGAUGUAACUCAUUUACACUGAAAGUUGUGGAUACGGUGACCAUUAUUAAACCAAAAUAAACCCAAAGCUGCAAUACCAAACCAUCACUACAAGCUGCAAGUUUUAUGGUGGGAUUGGAUUUCCAACUUCACAUUUAUGUUUAAAUUUUCGAUUAUACUCUUGUUGCUUCUCUUCAAUACAGAUUGCUGAAGGAAGCAGACACUGAUUAAGUGCUAGAGGAAAGAAGGGAAAAACGCAACUGGAAGGAAAGGUAAAAAAGUAGGGAGAUGCUGGCCUCAGACUGCGAUUCCGAAGAGAAGACAGGAUUUGGGAAAUCCUUGCUAAGCAUAUCCAUUGGAGUCAAUCCAUCAAGUCUUAAAAAAUAAUUAUGGUAAAUUAACAGGAAAUUAGAUAUUGGAUCGCAGACUAGGACUGCUGUAACAGACUUCUCCAAUGCAUAUACCAGAUGUUCGACUAGUGAACUAUUGUGUGCGUGUUGGAAGGGGUUAGGUUUUUGGGGAGAUUCUCCAGGAUCAGUCAAGGAUUUUGUGUAUACAAAGUGGUAUUAUUUGAGCUUCUCACCAUUGCCUAAAAUUUGUUGAGCUUUUCGCCAACCACACAGCAUUGGCCUCCUAUUUCCAUUUUUUUUCUUUUAUGAGACAGACUUGGACAUGACUAAUGCAAGCUCAGAUUCAUAAAUUAUCCUGAAGUUUAUUCAGUGCCUUUCCUCAAUGGAGCUUAAAGCACAGCACAUACAUUUUAUCUGAUUUAGCCCUGGAACAUUGCUAAGAAGCAACAAGGAAUGGCGGCUUACCGCACGGGUUAUGCUCAUGCCGGAGAAGUGGGGAGAGGUUUGAAAUCGCUUGUCAAGUGUCCCAGAAUCAGGAAAGGCAGAGUCUUUGUCCUUUGGGUUGCUGACCUCUGCAUUAACCUUCAUCCCUUAGAUGACCCUAUUUCUAAAUACAUUUAUUUUCUCAGUAUUUCUACAGUCACUUAGCAUUUGACGGGGCUUCUUCCUUGAUAUUUGUAACAUAAUGUUUCAGUUGCAUGUUAAGUUAAUGAAGAAUACAUGGUUGUUUCAUGCAGCAACAUUUUCCUCGCCAGCGGCAGUGCCCCCACUGGUUUGAAGAAAGAUGUUCUUGGAUUAUGCAUUUUAUAUCUAAAUGGUCAUUGUAUUUUCUUCCCUGACUUAUGAAACAAUGAGAACAAUCAUUUUAAGGACAAUAAAAAGUUGAAGAUUUUC